AUGGUCGUCGAUACAUCAUAUUACGAUGCCCUGGGCGUCAAACCAGAUGCCACCGAAUUGGAAAUCAAGAAAGCCUACAGAAAGCUCGCCAUUACGACUCACCCCGACAAGAACCCUGGCGAUGAGACUGCGCACGCCCGCUUCCAGGCGGUAGGAGAAGCCUACCAGGUCCUGUCCAACAAAGACACUCGUGCCGCGUACGACAAGUAUGGCAAAGAAAAAGCGAUGCCCAGCCAGGGCUUUGAGGAUCCCGCCGAGUUCUUCAGCAUGAUCUUUGGCGGAGAUGCGUUCGUGGAUCUCAUCGGCGAACUGACCCUCCUGAAAGACCUCACACAUACCAUGGACAUCACCAUGGAAGCCAUGGAAGAAGAACAACUCUCCAAGGAAGCGGAAGAGAAGCUGAAUAUCCAUGAAUCCCAACAAAAGGAUGCCACUGCCGCACCCGCACCCGCGUCAGAGUCCGCCACUGCGGGCAUGGGUGCAAAAGAGAAAGAAGCAAAACAAUACUCAGCAUCAGAAUCUUCGUCCGCACCGCCUCCGCCGUACGUGUCAGGCGCUGAGGAACCGUCCUCAUCAACACCCAAACCCUCCGGGUCCGGCACAAGCACACCGCAAAGACGCUACCUCGGCCAACAAGCGAUAAUGGACCGCUCAGAGGAAGAUGCCCGCAUGGACGCCGCCGGUCUCACCCAAGAGGAGAAGGACUUGCAGAAGAAGAAGAAAAAGGGCGGUCUGACAAAAGAGCAGCGUGAGAAAUUAGAGGCAUACGAACGAGAACGCCGGAAACAGCGCGAAGAACGAGUAGACACUCUCGCCAAAAAGCUCAUCGACCGAAUCUGCGUGUGGACAGAAACCGACAAGGGCCACGAAGUCACGCGUGCGUUCCAGGAAAAGACUCGCUUGGAAGUCGAAAACCUGAAGAUGGAGUCGUUUGGCAUUGAAAUCCUUCACGCUGUCGGGCAGACAUACGUCCAAAAGGCCACCUCAUUCCUCAAAUCCCAGAAAUUCCUCGGCAUAUCAGGCUUCUUCUCGCGCUUAAAGGAUAAAGGCACGCUCGCGAAAGAAACAUGGAACACCAUCUCCACCGCGAUCGACGCCCAGCUGACCAUGGAGGAAAUGGCCAAGCUAGAGGAGAAGGGCGGUGCAGACUGGACAGACGAGAAAAAAGCCGAAUACGAGAGGAAGGUCACCGGCAAGAUCUUGGCCGCUGCGUGGAAGGGGUCACGGUUCGAGAUCCAGGGAGUGCUGCGCGACGUCUGCGACAAGAUCCUGAACGAUAAGAGCGUUCGCUUGGAGAAGCGGGUGGAGAGAGCACAUGCCCUGGUGCUCUGCGGGACGAUAUAUCAAAAGGCCGAGCGCGACCCCGAAGAAGAGGGCGACUUCAUGGCCUUUGAACAACUCAUGGCCGAGUCGAUGAAAAAGCAAGAGAAGAAGAAAGAAAAAGAAAAGCAAAAGGACCCCUCACAUCCUGAAUCACAACCACAGCAACCGCACGGCCAUCGGCACAACUUUUUCGGUGGUGGGAGUGGCGAGAAGGGCUCGCCGAGGGCAUCGACGUCCGAAGCGAAGUAG